ACAAAUCAAAGAUGAUUGCAAUGAAAUCAUAUUAUUAUAUAAACCCUUUUCUAGCCAAACAAAGAGUUAAAAAUCACCAUGGAUAUUGAUCUUCUCUACCUUGUUCUGUUAGUGUCUGUUCUUCUAAUCUUCCACAAACUCACUACACAGAAGAGAAAAUUUCAACACGAAAAACAAAUACCAAGCCCUCCAGGUCUUCCUGUAAUAGGUCAUUUCCAUCUUUUAAAACAGCCCUUAGCCCAAACAUUGACCAAUCUCUCAACCAAGUAUGGUCCUAUUUUCUUUCUGCGUUUAGGUUCGCGCCCAACUCUUGUACUGUCCGAUCGGUCAGUCAUUGAAGAAUGCUUCUCAGAGAAUGACAUCGCCUUCUCUAAUCGUCCACUCUUGCCCUCCAGGAAGUUUACAUCUUACAAUCAUGUUACCAUUGGAGCUCCAUACGGCAACCAUUGGCGCAACCUUCGCCGUUUCACUGUGCUUGAAAUAUUCUCAGCAAAGCGUCUCCAGAUGUCUUCAAACGUCCGCGCUGAAGAGCUCAGAAUCAUGGUCAAACACUUGUUUAAAAGCUCCCUCAAAGGGGCGAAGAAAGUGGAUGUGAAAGCGUUUUUUUACAUGUUGGAUUUCAAUAUCAUCAUGAGAAUGGUUGCGGGUAAGAAGUGCAUUGAAGAAGAGGAGAUUGACAAAGAUGAAGCAAAAGGUAAAAUGGAUGAGAUGACGCGGAUUUUUAGACCUGAUGUCACAAUGGCUUUGGGGGAUUAUUUUCCAUUUCUAAGGUGGUUGACUUACUUUGGAGUGGAAAGGAAGCUGGUGAAAUUACAUCACAAGAGGGAUGCUCUUACGCAGGCUCUCCUAGAUGCACAUCGAAAUUCUGAAAAGUCUCGUUCAGUUGGUGAUAGUGAGGUUAGCGGGACAAUUGUAGAUGUGAUGCUGAAGCUGCAGGAAUCAGAACCUGAUUUCUACACCGAUAAUGUCAUCAAAGGAAUUAUGCAGGCAAUGCUAAUGGCAGGAACACACACCACGGUGAUGACAAUGACAUCAGUUAUUUCACAUCUGAUAUCACAUCCAGAGGUGAUAAAAAAAGCAAGGGCAGAGAUCGACAACCAUGUUGGACAAUCCAGGCUACUAAAUGAUUCUGAUCUUCCUAAACUUGAAUACCUUCAUGGUAUUAUAAAUGAGACACUUAGACUGGAUUCAGUAUCUGUUUUACCUCCUCGACAAUCGUCAGAGGAAUGUAAAAUAGCAGGUUACAACAUCCCACAAGGCACACAGUUACUAGUAAACGUAUCGGCAGUGCAUAUGGACCCGGAUUUGUGGACCGAGCCAGAAAAGUUCAAGCCUGAACGUUUCCAAGAUAUUGCGGCAGAAAAGGGAGGCUGUAAAUUCAUGUCUUUUGGUAUAGGAAGAAGGAUAUGUCCUGGGGCUAGCUUGGCCAUGAGGGUGAUAGCAUUAUCACUGGGGACCUUGAUACAAUGCUUUGAAUGGGAAAAUGGUGAGGAUGAGAGCGUUGGUGCUGUCAAAACCAAACAGAACAUGCCAAAGGAUAGGCCUGUUAAAAUAAUAUUUCGACCUCGUGAAGCACUUGUUAGAGUCCUUGAUAAACUUUGAACUGUGAGCGACUUAUGAAGUUAUGGUUUUUAUUUGAAUCGUAGGACGAAUAAGAAUACAUAUAUGUAUCUUUGAUGUCAUAAAACAAUGUUAAAUAAUCACAUGUUAUGUUAUUGACUAUUAUUUA